GAAAAGACCAGAAACUUUGUUUUUAACUCAGUCUCCUUCCAGAGGGAAAAGAAAGGAACAGAAGGCCAGCCAAAGAGGUGCCUGACAAGAAUAGCAGUAACAAGAAGAUGUCACGAUUUUCAGUGCUCCUGUUCCUUGCUGUCUUAAUGCCUAGCACUGGAAGGAAACUAAGAUGUCUGAGAGGGGCUGGUCACAAGCCAAGGCCUACCCAAGAGGAACACUUACAGGAAUGUACCUUAUAUGCUAAAUCUGCCUGUUGCUAUGCAGACAUUACAGAAGAUCUGGCUCAAUCACCAGUUGUUAAAAUACGUAAUACCUUCUGGAACAGAUGUGGUAAUCUUAGCCAAGCGUGUGAAACUUAUAUGAAGAAAAUAGAGUGCUUUUAUAGGUGCUCACCAUAUACUGCUCGCUGGGCUCGUUCCAAACAAGCAGCUGCUAUUUCUUCUGUUCCCAUAUGCCAAAGAUUCUGUGAUAACUGGUAUGAAGCUUGUAAAAAUGAUCACACUUGUGUCAGCAACUGGUUGACUGAUUGGGAAAUUGAUGAUAAAGGAGAGAAUCACUGUCAGGAUGACUGCAUCCCAAUCAGUGUGAUGUAUGCCAGUGGAACUGACAUGUGUGAGAAAAUGUGGGGUGAUUCAUUGAAGGUGAAUCACCGCUCCCCCUGCCUCUGCCUCGAGAUGGAUGAAAUGGAUCCCAAGGUAAUCAAGUUCAUUAAGCCUAAAUAUAGCAGCAGCAGCAGCAGCAGCAGCAGCAGCAGCAGCAGCAGCAGCAGCGACAUCUAUGAUGAUGAAAGAUUCUGUCGUCUCAGGAUGCAAACGAUUUCGUGACAUAUGACUACAUCUGACAAAUAUCCUAUCUGAAAACUACCAGGAAUCAGGCAGUGUCUGUUUCAGCAUACGUUUUCUCUGACACCAAAGUAAAACUAAAAGUUACAAAAUGGCUGAAGUUCUACUAACUACCAAUCAAUAAAUCAAUAAUGAUC